AUGGCGACAUAUAGGAAGAUUUUAAUGUUAAUGAUGGCCACGGUCGUAAUCCUUGGAGAGACGCAAUUUUGCUCAACACAGAAUUGUGGGUGCGCCAAAGGACUGUGCUGCAGCAAAUAUGGCUACUGUGGUAGCACUCAAGAUUAUUGUGGAAAAGGUUGUCAGGAGGGCCCAUGCAAUGCUAAAUCUCCACCUUCCCCUUCUGUUCCUACUUCCUCUAGAUCCAUUGAAUCAAUUCAAUCUAUAAUCACUAAGGACUUCUUUAACCAGAUAAAAUCAGGAAUUUCUGCUUCUUGUGUGGGAAACAACUUCUACACAUACGAUGGCUUUAUCAGCGCAGCGAAAGCUAGCAAUUUCGGUGGCUUUGGCACCACCGGGAGUCUUGAAGUUCGCAAGAGAGAGCUUGCUGCUUUCUUUGCCAACGUCGCCCAUGAGACUGGAAAUCUGUGCUAUGUGGAAGAAGUUGAAAAGGACACCUAUUGCGAGCCCUCCAAACAAUAUCCUUGUCCGAGUGGAAAUCAAUACUACGGACGAGGGCCACUUCAGCUGAGCUGGAAUUACAACUACGGAGCUGCUGGAAAGUAUGUGGGAUUUCCGCUGCUGAAAAACCCAGAUUUGGUUGCCCAAAAGCCAGACGUUGCAUUCAAGACUUCACUGUGGUUUUGGAUGAUCAACAGCAAUUGUCAUAAAGCUAUGACUGCCCACGACGGAAAAGGAUUUGGCAGCACGAUCAGAGCCAUCAAUGGCGGAGAAUGCGAUGGAGGACGAACACUGGCGGUGCAGGAGCGGAUUCGUCUUUACAAGGAAUUCUGUGAAAGAUUGCAUGUCUCCCCCGGUCCCAACCUCACUUGUUAG